CCCCUUCCUCCUCCUGCUCCUGGAAGCGUGUAGGGUGGAGAGGGAGGGCGGCGAGUUUUCAACACGGCGUUCUGAAAGAACUUUUAGACUAGCACUGUGCUGGGGUUGUGUGAGUCUUGGGACCUCUCUCCCUCUCCUUGCUGCCUGUCCUUGCUGCUGGAUGUCACUGCCGGUAGUCUUGCCCAGUUCUUGCCCCGUGGUUGCCGGUGCAGCCGGCGGAGAUCCCUCACUGCGCUGCCGAGGUCGUUGGGCUCCGGGAGCGCUGCCCCAGAAUCCUGGGAGCAACCCCGGGCGCCAGGCGGUAUCCAGCCCGCUCUACGGCCGCUCCCUCUUCGCCCUGGGACUGCUGCAGAUCGCCUUGGGCUUUUCCGUCGUCUCGCUCAGCUUCGGGGCGCUGUCCCUCACCGAAUCCCCCAAUGUCAGGAACUCGUGUCCUUUCUGGGCAGGCUCUUCGGUAAUUCUUUCAGGCAUCCUGGGAUUAACUACAUGGAAAAGGCCAAUGCUGCUUUUGGUCAACCUGUUCAUCCUGCUGUCUGUCGUCUGCGUUCUGCUGAACUUGGCCGGAUUCGUGCUCGCGUGCCAGAGCGCACAGUUUGUGUCUGGUAUUGUGGACUGUAAGCUGGUCAAGAUUAUUGAGGGUAGUAGUUGCUUCUGCUGUGAAGACAGCCAGGCAACGAAAUGCAACAGUAAGAAGGAAAUAUUGAUAUUAUAUCCAGUUCUCUCCGUGACAUGUGACACUGUUCGCCUUGUGCUUAAGGACCUCCUCUUUGCCAUUUGUGUGCUCAAUGCAUUGACCACCACAGUAUGUGUUGUAGCUGCAGCUUUACAGUAUCUCCAGAUCUUCGCAGGCAGGCGACCUCAGGCGAUUGAAGCCCCAGUACCCCAAGAAGAGUCGGAGGGUACACCCCAGAUUCCGGAUCUGGAUGAAUUUGUUCCUCCCAUCCCGCCUCCUCCAUACUUUUCCACUUUCUGCUCCUACAGUCCCAGGAUUAAUCCACGGAUUCUUAGCAAUGAUGUAAUUCCUUUGACGCAUAUCUAUGCCUCCAGGAUGAAAGGGAUUGAAGUGUUUUGUCCUGUGGAACCCCCUCCCCCUUAUGAAGCAGUUGUGAGGGACCAAAAUAGUGAGCAGGUUCCAAGCUUGGUGAAUUCGAGGACAACAGGGACAGAACUGGAGAGAACAUCAUGUGCAGCUUCUGACGACAGCAAUGGUCCAAGUUGCUCCCUCAGCGACCCCCUACAGCUGUGCAUCGUGCACCCAGCCCGCAGCAGGAAUUCUGAAGCAGGAUGCAGGAAGUCAAGCAGGUCUGGCAUGAGGAGAUCAAACAGUGACCCAGUGCUCCAGGAACUAGUAAUAGAAGAACUGGUCGUGAGCUGUGAGGCCUCAACACAAACCGACGAGAGGGCCGAGGUUCAGCUUGUGACCUUGCGCAGAGGCCACAGGUUGAGAAGCCCCAGGUCAAGGCCAAGGUCACUGGUGGAUUACACCAGCUACAGAGACACCAAGUUGUUGGUGGCCAGCUUCUUAAAGCAUUCAUCAUGCAGCAUGACUCCUGAGGUGCAGGAACUGGUGGACAGUAUUAGGUCAGUGUUACAGUCAGAUGAGGAACACAUGGAAGAGGCUGUGGCGAGUGCCAAUAUUCUUGACCAGGCGAUCACAGGCAGCUUGCAACACACCGUAAUGCGCAGGGAGAUGGCCCAGACACAAGGGCGCACACGGCUACUCCAUCUACAAAGCUGUGGAGAUCUGAGCACGUGUGCUGUUGGCGAGCAGCGGCCGGUAACCCAAGGAAGGGUGGUCAAAGGUCAGCAGGAAAGGCCCCACAGUCUCGCCGGUGUGAUACAAGAGACAGUGCUGUAAGCAUGCCAAACAUUUCUGAGUGCGAUUUGAGCCAAAACUCUGUCUGAAAGCUGAAGCAACAAAUGCCAGGAUGGCUAUAACUUCAAGAUGAUAGUGCAAUACGAAGAGGAGAAGCUUAAUUAGAGCCAUACCUAACAUACUGGAAAUCAACAUGUGACUAUAAUAAGGUGCAGCACAAACUCCAAGUGCCCUUAACUCAAAUGACGAAUUAAUAAAAUUUGCCGUUUAUGAUGUUGAAAUGUUUAGUUGUUCAGAUUCCUCAGCUCUUAUUGUCAUUAAGUUAAAUCUCUUGACACUUACUGCCCAGUUUCUAUAGAGAAAUUGCAGUGACCUACCCUGUUCCUUGCGUCUUGAUUUAAAACAGAAAUUGAGGAGUUACCCUCCGGAACAGGUAAAAACUGAAAUAACUCUGAUGAUUUCUGUUACUUCUACUGCACUGAAUUAUCAAAGUACCUCGUUGUCUUCAAAAUGGGGUUCUUCUCUGCAGACGCAGAGUGCCGACCACAACAGAAGCAAAUAAAUUUGACAUACAAAUGUUGCAUUUUAUAAACUCUCCAAAUGUGUUUUGCUGCUGUUUACACAUUUCAGAUGCAACAGUUAUACCUUCAGCCUUAUUCAUCUCUUUCUGAUUGAAAACUAAUUAAUGAAAUCCUAUGAGCUGCUUAGGACAGAAAAGACCCAGUGGUACAUUUGUGUGACAAAAUCACCUCUGUUGCACUUUACAGCAAUUUAUAAUUUAAAGUUUAGUAAAUGUGUGUAUGUAUAUAUACACAUACGCACACAUAUAUACACGCAAACUGUAUAAUCAUCUUGCUGCAUGUUAGGCUACCCACACACUGAGAAAUAUGUAUGAAGAAAAUUUACAUUUCACUGUUUGGUCUCUACCCAAAACUGGAGACAGGUGUCCUCUGCCACUGUUAACAAUAUACUACUGUAGAACAGUGGCUCCCCUAUGUCAAACUCUUGUCCUGUGUAAACAGAUGGAAUUGCAUUCUGAAGAGGGACUGAGAAACUUCACCUGCCAUAUUUUGGCUGAAAGUAUUGGUUACCACAUUUCCUACAACUGCUGCGUUUACCUGUAUUCCAGCAUCCACGUGACUUCUAUCUUGAGAGAUUUGUUCCAGCUUGAUACUCUCACACCAGAAAAGUCAACAAAGAAUAGUUACAGUAAAUUUACUUCCAUCAUUGUAAAAGUCACCAUCUUAAAUAACUUACAGUAAUCUUUUGUUACAAAAGUCAGCAAAAGGUUCUUUGUCAACAGGAAAUUAAGAUGGUGCACAGUCGUUUCUGAUAAGUUUUAUUGGUCAAGAAUUGUGAGACACAUGCCCUGUGCUAACAGUGCCUAAACACUGUAACAGAGGUAAAUACAUGCAACACACAGCACAGCAGCUACAGAGAGGCAAUAUGUGGAAACGUCAGUCACAGGACAGACGUGUAGUAAACUGAAACAGGAAGGUCAGCAAGAAUCUCGGGGGUAUUUGCACGCCCUCCUCCACAGGUACAAUCCAAUCACACUGUUCGAACAUCAGCUCAGGUGAAAUCAGUCACGUGCUGCUAGUUUUGUGUUUCAAACUUAGUAAAAAGUAGCAAAGUUACUAACAGGCCCUUUCUCAAGGCACUUUCAGACAAACCAAACCGUACCUCAGAUAUUAUUACACAGUGGCUUAAUAUAUCAAAGGGAUGAGUAAAUGUACUGAAAAUGGACAAGUACUAAUGGCAGAAAACCAAAAUAAAAA